AUGUCUAUCUUUUUUUCUAGGGUUCAAUUGCGUAAAACCUUCAACAUAAAAAUUAUGACUAGUAAGGAUCGAUUUUUCGCUACGAAAGUAGAAGUUCCGAAGCUGAGAGAUCAGUCAUUGCUUCGUCAAAGCGCUUUCGUAAAUGGUGAAUGGGUUAAAUCUAAGACCGGGCAAGAAUUCUCGGUAUUAGAUCCUGCGACUAAUGAUGAGAUUGGAAAAAUUCCUGAUAUGAAUCCCGAAGAUGCUAAAGAAGCCAUUAGAGCUGCCAAAGAAGCUUUUAAGGAUUGGGCAAAGCAAACUGCAAAGCACCGGCAUGACUUACUUAAAACAUGGUAUUCGUUGAUCUUGGAUAACAAAGACGAUCUUGCUACCAUUCUUACCAGAGAGAACGGUAAACAAAUUAAUGAAGCGUUAGGUGAAAUUAAAUAUGGGGCAAGUUUCAUCGAGUGGUUUGCCGAAGAAGCUAGGCGUGUCUAUGGAGAUGUUAUACCAUCUCCCUGGAAAAAUCAUAAAUUUGUGGUUCAGAAACAGCCAGUUGGCGUGGUUGGGAUUAUAACACCUUGGAAUUUCCCGAAUGCAAUGAUUACACGCAAGUUAGGUGCGGCGCUGGCAGUUGGGUGCACCACCGUAAUAAAACCUGAUUCCCAAACGCCAUUUUCGGCUUUGGCAUUGGCAGAACUGGCUUCAAGAGCCGGAUUCCCAAAAGGUGUGAUCAAUGUGGUUACAGCGAAAGCAAACACUCCCGGAAUAGGACUAGAAUUGACGACUAAUCCGGACGUGAGGAAAAUAUCUUUUACUGGAUCGACGACGGUUGGUAAAUUGUUGAUGCAACAAAGUUCAAGCACAAUAAAAAAAUUAUCGUUGGAGCUUGGAGGAAACGCCCCGUUCAUUGUAUUUGAUGAUGCAGAUAUAGAUGCGGCCGUUGAAGGUUUGUCGAAUUUUUAUUUUAAGUUGUCUUAUGUUAAUGUCGACAACUGGACUAAAACAGAUCAUACAGGCGCGAUGGCGUCGAAGUUUCGUGCAUCUGGUCAAACGUGUGUCUGCGCGAAUCGUAUUUAUGUGCAAUCAUCAAUUCAUGCCGAAUUCGCAUCUCGUCUCGCUGAGAAGGUGAGUAAGUUUCGAAUAGGCAACGGAUUUGAUCCACAAACCACGCAUGGUCCAUUGAUCAACUCAAAAGCGGUUGAAAAAGUCACAAGACACGUGGAAGAUGCAGUUGCAAAAGGAGCUGAAAUCCUUGUUGGUGGUGUUCGUCGUGACGGAAAUUUUUUUGAACCCACUGUUCUUACGGGUAUGACCACUGAAAUGGCCAUUACGAGUGAAGAAACUUUUGGUCCCGUGGCUGGAUUGUAUAAAUUUGAGUCCGAGGAAGAAGUCAUAGAGUUGGCGAAUGAUAGUACCGUAGGUUUGGCCGGUUAUUUUUACUCCAGGGAUGUAGGCAGAUGUUGGCGUGUAGCGGAAGCCCUGGAAUUGGGAAUGGUUGGAGUCAACUCUGGAAUAGUCGGAAGCAGCGAAGUUCCAUUUGGCGGGAUCAAAGAAUCUGGACUGGGACGUGAAGGCUCUAAAUACGGUAUCGAUGAAUACCUUAAUAUCAAGUAUAUCAACUUCGGUGGUAUAUGA